GUCUAUUGGCAAAGUUCAUGUAUAGGCUUAGAAGAAAGGAACGGAAAGAACUCUAACGUUGAACAGUCGUUGAUAGCUACGUUAGAAGAUCUGUUGUCAUGGAAUGCCCACACUUGAUGAAUUGUGUGAAGGUUACUAAUUUACCAUUAAAAAAUGAAAAUUCUCCGAAUGACUGGGUUUGCUCAGUUUGCAAAACAAAGAAGAGCUCUUGGAUCUGUUUAACAUGUGGGGAAAUCAACUGUGGAAGAUAUGUAAAUGCACAUGCAAAAACUCAUCAUGAAGAAAAUGAUCAGCACAUGGUCUCUAUGGACUGCCACAGUUAUGCAACAUACUGCUAUGUAUGUGAUGACUUUGUGGUAAAUGACACCAAAAAUAGACAACUACAUCAGCUUAGAGAGAAGCUUCAAGCUUUAAAUGAAUUUGAUUGGCAUAGGCCUGAGUAUCAUCCACAACUUAGAAAAAGAAGUAACUCAAGUGAUAAUACAGAAAAUGUGAAGAAAAAGAGAGAUAAAGGUGGUGGUAAAUACUGCAGACCCAAAGCUCAAGUGGCAGGCCUUCGAAAUCUUGGUAACACGUGCUUUAUGAAUGCUGUACUUCAGUCUCUUAGUAAUAUUGAACAGUUCUGCUGCUAUUUCAAGCAGCUUCCAUCUCUUGAACCUAAACCAAAUAACAAUGGCAAGAAAAAUCACCACCCGAAAGGUCUCAAUGGGAAUGGGGAGGACAUGCUUCUAUGUGAAGAACUUAGAAAAACAUUAAUAUCCUUAUGGCAAGGAAGUAAAACGGCCAUUUCACCAGAAUCAUUAUUUGCAGUUGUAUGGAAAGUAGUGCCACGGUUCAGAGGUUAUCAACAACAAGAUGCUCAUGAAUUCCUGCGCUACAUGUUAGACAGACUACAUAUGGAACUUCUUAAUAUCCUUCCUUAUCCAACAACACACAAUCCUAUCUGCAUUGGACUUAAAGGAAAAUGUACAAUAGUUACAGCAAUUUUUGGGGGAGUCUUACAAAAUGAGAUGAACUGUCUUGUUUGUGGAACCGAAUCUAAAAAACAUGAUCCUUUCCUAGACCUAUCUUUAGACAUUCCAUAUCAAUAUAAGCAACCAAAGUCAAAAGAUGAAGAACCGCCACCUUUUCAUUUACAUGAAUGUUUGAGUAGGUUUACGGAAUUAGAAGAGCUGGCAGACAGUGAGCUUUACUAUUGCCACUCCUGUAAAUGUAAACAGAGAUCAACUAAGAGGUUUUGGAUUCGACGACUUCCAAAUGUUUUAUGUCUACAUCUGAAACGAUUUAGGUGGAAUAAUUUUUUUCGAAUUAAACUGGACAAUUAUGUGAAAUUCCCAGUUAAAGGCUUAGACAUGAGCAGAUUCAUGCUGGCUAAUAUGCAUGAAACACGAAGAAGCUCUGGAGGUUGUAUGCUAUAUGAUUUGGCAGCCGUAAUAGUGCAUCAUGGAUCAGGGGCUGGUUCUGGACACUAUACAUCUUAUGCAACACAUUCAGGAUGCUGGCAUCACUUCAAUGAUAGCACUGUUACAAUAUGUGAUGAGGAAACAGUAGCAAACUGCAAAGCUUACAUCUUAUUUUACAUUCGACGAGAAGUGAACCUAGCACCUUUUAGCCUAUAAAAAAACAAUUUUUAUGUAUUUAAGUUUCGUGGUCCAUAACCCAACUAGAAUAGGCUAUAAACGAAAGCUCCCUUCCUAAAAUGUCAAUAUUCUACAGUUUUCUGAUCACAGCAAAAUUAGUGUGCAGGAUUUGGAGUUUCUUCUUAUUUUGUAAUGUGAUUAGAAAACAGCUGUGGAGCUUUUUUUUUCUUUAAUAUCUAUCAAGCCAUGAUGUAAUUCUGUUCAUAUUUAUACUGUAAAAAAAAAACUUUUCUUUAAACUUUCAACCAGGUACAGUGCAGUAAGAAACUUGUGGUUAUUUAACUUAACAGAUAUUGAAACCCCAUCUCUUUGACAAAGAAUUUGAUUCUGUUUCUACAAUGAUGAUUUCUAAUUCGGUGUUUGGCGUUCAAAAUAUGAAUUACAAAAUGUAAGUAAAUAAAAAAUAUUCUAAAUUAACCACAUUUAUGAAUUAAAAAGACAGUUUUAAUUAUUAAAUAUUGAAAAUAUAAAAUUGGUGCACUGUUAAUGCUUAUCAUAUUCUCAAUUUCAUAUACACAAAUUAUGUUAAGUAAAUAUAUAUACUGCAAUCAAUGGUUGAUUCAACAGAAUCAAACCAAGUUAUAUAACAUAGUUUCAUGGCAAUCUUUGCUACAUCUUGGCAGGGAUUUCAAGGACAACCAAGUACUCACAUUUUUUUCCUGUAAUUGUGCCUUUCUCCCCAUGUUCUGGUAGUUUAAAUCUUAAAUACAAUGAAUGUAGUUGUUAGUUCAGAAUUCAGCAUCAGCUUAAGAUCAGUGUGUUAAUAAUUUAUGAAAAUGAGAUUCCCCCUCCCCAAUCCAAGUCUCAGAAUGUUUUCAAAGUUGAUGUUCAUUUUUCAGUUAUAGGUCAUUUAUUGAAAAAAUAGUCUUGUUCAUUUCAUUUACUAAUAUACUGUUAUUUUUUUCUUUUUUGGAGGGAGAAGGGUGGGGCAUAUUUUAUGUAAUUUUUCUUACAACACAUAUCCUCCUCCUGAGCCAAAAUUGUAUUUCAACUGAAUUGCCUAAAAAUAGCAGAUUAAUGGCCUUAUUAACACUGAGGGUGAUUUAAAUGUCGAAAAUUAGAAGUUCAUACAAUCUAUAUAGGUUUUAUAAUGCCAGUUGUAGUAGGUGGUCUUAAAUUAUUAACAUUUGUAUGAUUUUCGAGUUAAUAUUAAGCAUUUAAGUUACAAUUAAAGCACUGAAAAGCAGGUCUCAAAUCACAAACUAAAGCAGUUUUGGAAACUAAAUGUGUGUGUGAAAUUACAAAAUUUACUGUUUGCUUUUUUCAAGAUAUUUUUUUUUACUGCACUGCACAUUCAUUUUCUUUAUAUAUUAGUUUAUUUCACAACUUGUUCAGCUGAAAUAGUAACGUUUCUUUUCUUUAAAGUUCAAUUUCAAAAUAGUACUAUUACAAUGAACACUGUUAUUAAAAGCAUUGUUAAAUAAUAGAAACAUCCUGAAAAGUCAAGGUUAUUCUCACUCAUGGAACUUUUCUGAAACUUUAAUAACAAAAUAUUUAUAUAUAUUUCACAAUUAUUGGUAUUACUUUUCAGUUAGGUGUAGUUCACUUAGUCUGGUAUAUUAAUUUGUCAUUUUUUUAUUGUAGACAUCUAAUGUGUUUGUAUAACAGAAUAUUCAUUAGAAAAUGCUUGAACAAAAGGUUUAAUUAUGUGCAUUAAGAAUACUACAGAGACUUGCAUUUAUAAAUGCAUUUUUUGCUUUGAUGACAAUAUCUUUCUUCUAUUAAAUAUAAAACUGGCAUCUGCCUGUUUCUAUAAGUUUUAAGUUAACAGUUGUUAUUCACUGGCUAGCUGAAUACUUGACCUUCAUGUAGCUGAUGUUAAAAAGAGCAAUAUUAUCUAGAUUUUUGAAAUUAUUAAAAUCACAAUUCUGGUUAUCUCUUGGGAAACAUUUAAGUGUAUACUCAAACAUUUCUUAACACAUACAAUUCGUUGUAACUAAUUCCAGUAUCAGUUUUAAUAUAUAGCAGAUAAAAAGCUGCUUCCAUAACUUUACAAUCUGCUGAAGAAACCACCUGUAAAGGGUUAAAUAAUGCUGCUAUAAUAAUGUCAUCAUAAGGUGUAAUUUUAUAAUUCAGGUUCAGGGAACAGUAACAGCAGAUAUGUUAUUAUCUGUUAUAGCCAAAUGGAAAUUACUUAGAAGUCAUCAAGAAGUUGGGAGAAAUGGGCAAUCUAACUUUUACUUACCCUAAGUUCUUAAGGUAGUUUUAAGUUGUUGGAUUUAAUUUUAAAAGGAACCUACUUUUUAACAGCAAUUUAUUUUUGCAGUUUUAUAAAAAAUGGUGUGUGUGUGUCUGUAUGUAUGUGAAAUGAUCAUAUGUAUGAAGAUUUUUUGUAGUUUGGUAAGGUUUUUGAUGUAACAUUAGAAAAAAAAAAGAUUCCUUGAUUUUUUUUUUUAAUCCAUUAUUAAAGACACUAAAAGUUCACAAGUAUGUCUGUUACAAAUAUAUAGCAAGAUUUAGUUGUAUCCAAAAAUGUAGAAUCAUGAGGUAAAAUGUCUUUGUAUGUGAACUUUUCUUUCCUUUUAUUUAAAGGUGCCAGUACUUUUCAAAUGCAGGUUCAACUGGAGAAUUUAGAGGGUAAAUGAUUUGCCUUUUUUGUUGUUGUUGUUGAAACAAUAGUCGCUUAAUUCAUUUGUUAAGUGUUUUAAAUAAUUUCAAAUUCAACGUUAGUAAUUUGUUGGUGAUUAGGGUAAGCAGCAAAAUAGGUCAGUUAAAACUUUAGGUGCAGAUUUCAGACCUUAAAAUCAUGGUUCCUCUUUUUCUUUGAAUUAAGAUGGAUCAAAGGAUGUGUGUUUGUCUCUCUCUCUAAGUAGUAGUACUGUAUCAUGAACUCGUAUUGUGAAAACAAUAUUACUUGUACAUUGAACAACAAUCUGUAAAAUAUUUUUGCAGUAAAGGUAAUAAAAUGCUGUAUGCUUAUCAGGUGCAUAUUCAUGAA